AUGGCCGACCCGUCACCUUCGUCGCAGCCGCCGCCGCUUGGCUCGCAGCAGCAGCAGCAGCAGCAGACACCGACACAGACACAAGAAGCGCCUUCAUCGUCGUCAGGGACGGUCGUUGAUCAGGCAGAGUCCGAAUCGGCAAAUAACAUCGCCCCUUCUUCAGCGCAGCCUGACAUCACCGACCCUGCUGGCGGCCCCGUCAAAGCUGAAGUCGACAACGAUAUCGACAUGAACGCGCCCGAGAACAAUACAAGUGCGAAUGGCGCAGCUGGUGCUGCAGCUGAUGCCCCAGGGAAUCCAGUCUCUAGCACUCCGACGUCGAAGAAAGAAAGUAGUUUGCGGGAGUUCUUGGGAAAAAUGGACGAAUACGCGCCUAUCAUACCAGAUGCCGUGACAGCGCAUUACUUGACUGUAGCCGGUCUACCACCACCUGGCAAUGGACCUAACCAAACCCCGCCUCACCUUGCCCGACUCCUCGCACUGGCAACACAAAAGUUCGUCGCCGACAUUGCCGCCGACGCUUAUCAAUACUCGCGAGUCCGCGCGUCCAACAGCUCCAGCGCAAACAACCCCAUGGGCGGCCUGAACGCGGCAGCCGGUCUCAACUUGCCAGCUGGUGCAGCCGGCGGCGCUGCAGGUGCUGGCGGCGGUGGAGACGGUGGGAAAAAGGGCAGCGCAACGAAUACGUCUCUCGGUAUUCAGCGACCUGGCUUUGGUGGUGGUGGACAGGGAGGAACCGGCCAGGGACGCACCGUGCUCACCAUGGAAGACCUGGGCAUGGCAGUCUCCGAGUAUGGAGUCAGCGUGAAGAGGGGAGAAUUCUAUCGAUAG